AUCAUCAACUUGUAAUCAUAAUUGUUUCUAAUUACAAGUUAAUCCUUUAGAAUCUCAAUGAAAUUAAUUCCAAACAAAAUCCAUUUGUAAACAAGUUAAAAAAAGAAGCUUAGAUUUGCCUCUUUCUUUUUUCUCUCUCUUUGUUCCUCUCAUUUGUUUACAUUUUCUUCCCUUUCUCUCCCUCUCUCUCUCUUUCUCUCUCAUUUCUAACUGAGCUUCUUUUUAUUGUCAACUUUUCAUCAGAUUUAAUUUCAACUGAUCAAAUCAUCGUCAACAUUUUAAUUCAUCAUCCAACUGAUUCCAUGGAAAUAAUUUCAAUCUAAUUUCAAUGUGAUAAAUUUUCUGGUUCCACUUUUGUUUUGUUAACAACAAUCAACCUUUAACCAUAAAGAAACAUAAGUGAGAGAGAUUGGAUUUUCAUUUCAUCUUCUAGUCAUCAUUGGAUUAUCAUAGUAUCUUCAUCAUUCACCAUAAUCUUAUUUUUAAAUUGUUGUAAAUACAAAUAGUUUUAAUUUAAUAUUCCAUCUUCAAUUAUGGCCAAAAAUUCAAAUUCUAGAAUCAAAUGGAGAUUCGUUUUUGUUGCCAUUUCCUUUUACGGUUUCAUCCUCAAUCAUGGGAUUAAAAAUAUUCUCAGUGUAACAAUCGUUGCCAUGUCCGGUUCGGAGAUGACCAAUAGCACCUCUUCCAAUUUAACCUUAAGGUCAAAUGAAACUUCCGAUGACGAUAAUAAACUUGACUGGUCCCAUUCUACUCGAAACACCGUGUUACAGGCCUUCUUUUAUGGGUAUGCAGCCUCCCAAAUACCCGCUGGACGAUUGGCCGAGAUUUUUGGUUCUAAGCACAUCUUUGGUACUGGUGUUUUCAUCUCAUCCCUUUUAUCAUUUGCUUUUCCCUUUGCUGCCCGUUGGUCAGUGGCAGCAGCUUUUGUUUGCCGUCUAUUUCAAGGAUUAUGUUUAGGUGUCACUUUUCCAGCGAUGCAUUCAAUGUAUGCCCGAUGGGCACCGAUUGGUGAAAGAUCAAUGGUUGGUUCAUUUAUCUAUUCGGGUGGACCUAUUGGAAUUGUUUUCUCUGGUACUCUGGCUGGUUUUCUUUCGGGAACUGAUUGGCUUGGUGGUUGGCCUGCUAUCUAUUAUAUACUCGGUGGUGCUGGUGUUGUUUGGUACAUACUUUGGUGUACUCUUGUCUACGAGUCACCUGAAGCUCACCCAUGGAUUAAUGAGAGAGAGGUUUCUCUCAUCAAUUUAGGAAGAGCUAAAACUCAAGACAAUAAGAUUCCACCGCUUCCAAUUGAAGAAAUGUUGACUUCCCUUCCCUUGUACGCAGCGAUCGCAAGUCAAUUUGCUUACACGUGGGGACUUUACGUGGCCGCGACCCAAGAGCCCACUUAUUUGGCUGAGAUUUUGGGCAUGAAAAUUGAAUCGGUAAGAAUUGAGGAUGAACAUCAAUUAUAA